UUCAGCUGUGUUCGAUACGAGAUGUCAUAAUUUGGGACAAAAAAUGUGACAUUCGUAGCCUUAACGUAUCACGCACUCUUUUUUAAAGUUUAUAUAUUUAAACCCAUGGACUAAGCGAAGUCAUAUAAAACGCAUUCUUUUCAGGACUUUUCAGUAGAUCAUAUUAAGACAGUAACAAAAAAUGCGGGUAAAAGAAAUAAUCAAGGAAACAAUAAUAAGAUGGAGUAAGGCAGUGGAGCUACAUAAUUCUGGGAAGUACACGGAGGCGGCAGAAUGUUAUUCUGAAAUAAAAGACGUUUCGGCAAGAAUGUGCUAUAACCAGGCUUGUGCUUACAUAAAACUCGGCAUCGUAGAUAAUGCUAUCGAGAGUCUGUCCCGUGCGAUUGAGAAAGAUGAACAUUUAGCUAUGGCUUAUUUUCAACGGGGGACCUUGUACCUUCAGAAUAAAAGCACGAUGAAGGCUAUAGCUGACCUAGAGAUGGCCCGUACCUUAUUGCGAGGAAACACAUACAUAUACUAUAAACCACUCGGUCUAUACACUACACUAAGCAGCUUCCAGAUUUUACAAAAUCUUGCCCUGGCUUAUAUUAACACUGAAAGACUGGAAGAUGCUAGGAGAUGGCUGACUGAAGCUCUACACGACGCCGACGAUCUUCAACGGAAAAGUAUCACUGUAUCACUGGAAAGAAUUAAUGAUUCUCGCACAGAUCUUAUUCCAGUGAUGCAGGUGUCAGCAGAUAAAGUAUUUACCCCGCCCAAAUCUAUCACUCAGAACCUUGAGAAGAAAGGUAUCGUUAGGAAAGCUAAAGUAGUAUCUGCUUCCAAUAAAGACGAUAGAAAUGCAGCUUUCCACGGUUCGAAAAGGGUGCGAGAGUUAAAGCAAUUGCCAACAUCGCCGACGAGUCCAUUUAACCCGUUGAAGCGUAUUGUAAAGAACCGACCGCCACUAAAUCACAGCAUCUCGGACCUGAACGAACUUACUGUAAUUAAAGGGAUGAAAUCAAACAAAUCCACUUCGUUUUCUGUCAAAAGUAGUAGUCCAGUUGUAAGCCGGGUGAAACGUCUGUUUCAGAAAAGAACUCCUAGCUCGGCAGACAAAAAUACUAGUCCCGGUAUAAGACUAAACCAUUCAUCUGGUGAAUUGACUGGACAAUUUAGUCCGGCUGCAAACAACACUGGAAAGAGUUCAUCACGUACUGCCUUCGUGGGAGUGAGAAAACUACAAAAUAAUAAUCAGAAUUGUCAAAUGAGCAUGCCACCGUGUGACGACGAGAUGCAGGUUUUAGUCAUGAGAGAAAGUGGGUCUACCAGAGAUUUAAGUACAUUGGACAUGUUAUCGUCUAAAUGUGACAGCGAAGGAGAUUUACCACCGCCUUCCAAUAUCAGAUCGAAGAACGCGUUGAACGAACAAAUGAAUUUUGAUUCAAAUCACCAUAGAAAUUCUCUUGGGUCUGUCUUCGAUGACUACCUCACCAUUGUCGGCCGAAGUGUCGCCACAUUGAUACAGUAUGAAAAUUACGUAACCAACGUAGAACAUGAUCAAGAAUCAGCAAGCAUAGAUUGUAAAAGUUCUCCCGGUGAAAUCGAAAGCGACAACCCUGUUACGUUUAACAUUAACACCAUGCCAGAUAAUGAUGCUGGUGCAGAGACAUCAAAAACAAACGCCACUGACAAAGCGAAAGAGAGCAGAACGUCGUCGGCAACCAGGAAAUCUCGUCCUCCUCCCCCUUCUUACCCUCCACCUCCUCUCCCUCCAAAUAUUGUUAUUUAUGUAUAA